AUGGGCAACUUAAAAGAGAUGGUGAUGAGUAAAAGAGAUGUGAUUGUAUGCAGAGGAGUAUGGUAUGUGAUGGUUGUGCUAUCGCUCCUUGGCCUCUCCAUAUCACUCAACCUUCUCUGGCCAGCAGGAGGAAAGCCAUCGUCAAGGUCUCGGUUCAGCAGGGACGGUGCGGUGAGUGCCACAACAUUCUACGGAGUGACGCUACUCAGAUUUCUCUUCUUCACCGAUCUUCCCACCUCCACUACUGCUAGUUUCUACAGAGACUUCACUACUAGAGGAGAGAAGAUUCCUCAGGUUAUCUUUGCGGAAUUCGCCAUACUGGCCAUUGUUGUAUCACCGCUGCUAUCACGUAUUGUGGUGGAUGAUUUUUCGAUUGUGCUGAAAUUUUCAUUAUUCACCGUAUCCUUGUUCACCGGAGGGAUAGGUCUGAUUCAGCUAUCGGAGAAGUUUAGGAUGGAGAUGAGACAUGCUUAUUUCACGCUUUUCUUUACUUUGUUUGCCUCUCUUAUUGGACUUUAUAUCUCUACAGGCCAAAAUUUGUUAGUGAUAGCGAUUCUUAUGUGCGUUUCUUGGUUCCUUCACUGGUGGAUCAUUGAGCAUAAUUUUCACGUCCUCGAGAAGAGUGAUACUUACUCAUCUUCCCCUCUUCCUUCUUAA